UCGAGAAUACUGUAUAGGCGGCCUAUUCGAUUUUCCGAAAAUGCGUGUAAAAAAUGUGGGAAUGCUGUUUAUAAACAAGUGUUUUCAUUGAUCAUAUUGUAUUUUAAUACUGUAAUAAAAAAAUGUUUUAAUACAGUGACAAUAUCCUAUUGUUAUUUACGUGAUCUUGUGUAUGCAAUUGUAGUUGGAUUUUCAUUUUAAGGUGAACAUCCACGUGAACAUCCACGAGCUGCAAUAAUGACAGGAAGAGGAAGACAGCGUCUAAUGCGACCUGUGGAACGUCAACCAAUGAGAGACUGGCUAUCUGACAAACUUAACGCUAAAGAAAUUCCGGGGUUAGAAUGGGUAAACAAGGAACAGAGAAUAUUCCGUAUAAAAUGGUGCCAUGGUUCAAGACAUGGCUGGACUCUGAAGGAUUCAGUCCUGUUUGAAAAAUGGGCCCAACAUUCAGGCCGCUACAACGAUGGUGAUCCAAAGCGCUGGAAAGCCAACUUCCGAUGUGCUCUAAAUUCACUGAAAGACAUACAGGAAGUGAAAGACCUGUCUAUAAGCAAAGGCCAGAAUGCGUUCAGAGUUUACAAAAUGCUUGAAGCACGGAAGAAGACGGAUAAACAAAAAGUUACUAAGCGUAUGAAAACUGAACCAGAGACUGACUAUGUUCCAGACGAUAGCAAAUGUGGUUUAAAAGAAACCAUCAUGUAUGUCAGGGCCAGUGCAAGACUUGCUGCACAAACGACAUCUGUCAGGAGUCAAGCAGACGACCAGUCCGGGUCAUCAGAGAGUGAAAGUGAGGGCUAUCAGACAGAUAGUCAGGAUGAGCAUUACACGGAUAGUGUAGUAGAUGAACCAUUACCAUUAUCACACAAUAAUAAUAUCCACACAUGUGCUACUGCUACAGAAAUAAAAAUUGAAAAUGUUGAUACAAGUUCAAAGAUUCCCAUCUUUGAUAAGAUCAUUCCAAACUUCUACAAACUUGAAACAGAGUAUAAUUCCAUCAAAACAAGUUUCGUAGAAUUUGGCAAAAGUCAUUGCCUUCCUCGCCAUGGUUCGGGUUUCAAGGUCGUGCAGUUAAAAAAGGAGAAGCCUCUCACGCCCAUUGUAGAAGCAUUCCAUGUACCGUUACCAAAUACUCUCAAUUCACUUACCACAGACACGACAGACCAUGCCCGGCGGGACAGUGAUUUAACAAUAAAGUCUGACCUUGAACUAAGUGCUAGAUAUUCAUCAAAACAGACAACUCCUUCAUCAAGAUUUUCAACCAGAAUGACAGAAUAUACAACCCCAGCUUACCAUGCAUCCACAGAUGAAUCGCAAUAUACAGCCCAACAAAUUGCUACGCGAGACAAUUCCGCCAUUUUGACGUUUCCUGAUACACCAGAUGGGUCAGAUGUUUCAAAUGAUAGCAACUCAAAUGAAUAUAUAGAGGUGACAAUUUAUGAGGAAGAAGUAGGUGACAGUGUGACUGGUGAGUCUACUGAAGGAUGUAUCGUUCUAACAGAUCUUAGUAAGAGCUACGUCUCUUCGUCGUCUUCGACAGCACAGCUGAACCAAUCCGAGGAUCGACAAUGUAUCAUGAACUACAGGGUAAACCAGGCUACAGGUUCCACUAUCCCUUACAUGUAUAACCCACUUACACCGCCAUGAAAUUGGAAUAUUGUGCAAUAUAUUUUAUUUUCUCAAAUUGAAUCGCAUCAAACUGCUUUCAAGACAUGAAAUGUAACUUCAAUCUACUGCCCAAAACGACAUGUCCGGUGCUUUUAUGUUAUGUUUGUAUAUACUUGAAUUUCGAGGGGAAAUUCUGAUGAUGAAGACGAUUUGAAAAAGAAGGUAGAAAACUGCAUUGAUAAUAACAGAAUCUCUAGUCAUGUUUCAUUGCGCUGUAAAAAUAUCACUGCUUAUGGUUGCUUUUUUACUCGUGUAUUAAUUUAUAACAUGCAUUUGUUUGUAUUAUGUGAAUAUGUAUAUACAAUAAAUGUAUUAAACAUUA